GGAGAGGGCCUUUAACGCAAAUAAGAGAGUAAAAUUUCAUUUCAAAAAAGUGCGAAACCAAAGAGUUUUUGUUUAAUGCUAUGAUCUUGUGGCGGCCUUAUAGUUUCCAAAGUUCUUAAGUUGGCACUCCUGCCAGCCACCGUCUUUGCCCCCCAAAUUGUUGCUACGCGAUUUUUGUCAACAAACGUCGAAGUUGAAGCGAAUCUUCAGCGUUAUUUUCCAUCCCCUUCGUUCGCUCUACGAAUUCUGAUUUUCCCAAAAUGGUGCAGCACAGUUUUCUGGUCAAAUCUACCCUCAACAUCCGAAGACUUUCUUCCUAUGGAGAGUUCAACAGCACUUCAUGGUUCGACCGAGAGAAGGACAACAACAAGAUCAUCCUCCCGAUGCAGCUCAAAGUCAAGGUAGAAACUGCAAUGAACAUCUACGGAGUGCAGAGGAGUUCUCUGGUGCUACGAUUGAAAGACAAGAACGGCGACACCCGAACAUUCGUCGGUCUUCUUGCAUUCAAUGAUGGAGUCAGGCCGACCGACGUAGCAGUUCCAGACUGGGUCUGCAUCGAAAGUCUGCCCGGCUUCGAGCAAGUCACCUGCCACAUGCUUCUGCAGCGUCCUCCCAUUGCAGCCUCUCUCAGCUUCCGAACCCAGUCUCAAGAUCCCAUUGAGGAGGUGAAAGAGGCCCUGAUGACCAGACUGCGAGGUGUGUUUUGCCUCACAAAGAGCCAGCCCAUCUUCUUCGACGUCAACGGCCACGACACAUGCAGUGGCUGUGCUGAGAGGCAUGGUGCCCAACCGUGUGACCAAUCGUCUUCUCCAUGGACAAAAUGGGCCAACUUGCCUCGUGAAAGUUCGUCGAGAUGCGAUGAAGUUUAUAGUUGCAUUAUUUACUUAAUUAACUACCACUUGAAUAUUUUUCGUUUUGUAAAAUGUCGAGGUUAUAAUAAAAAGACAAAUUUUUUUUUGCUAAAAGAUCAUAAAUACUUCAAAACAACGAUUAUUAAUUUCAAUUAUCACCAAAAUUUUUCUUAAAUAAAUUUCUUGGAGCCCAUGAUUCAUCUUUAUUACUAAUUUUCAUACCAAAUUUAAUCUAU